CCCCCCUUCGAGCCGAGCCGGAGUUGGGCCAGCCAGACCCUGACGCACCCACCUCACCCUUCACCCUUUGGGUGGAAGGCGGCAUUUCCGGCUUCCUGAGUUGUUGGACACUGGCCUUGGAAGGGAGUGGCUGAGCUGGGAAGUCUGAGCAGCUGCAGGGAGGGGACCUGCAUGCUGAGCACAGCUCCUGCGCCAUGAACCGCAGUCAACCUAGCUUAGAGCCCGAGGCCAAGGGACCCUGUGUGAUCGCGCCAGUGCGCGCUGUGCUCCGACUCCGCCGCCGUGCCUUCGUCCUGCGCAAGAGGCGCCUCCUGCCGCCAGGCACGGAACCGGACGUUGGGGCAGGGGCUCGCGGGCCCAGCGGCAGCAUGGGGAGUCUGCGUGCGAGCCUAGACCAACCUAAAUUCUUCACCUUCGACAGCCUGACGGAGCUGUCUUCCAGGACACCCCGCAAAAGGCGUAGGCGUAGUCGUGUAGUGCUCUACCCGGAAACCUCACGGAAGUACCGACCCCGCACGGAGAGCCGGAGCCGUGCCCAGCGCUGUCUAUUGCUGCUUGUAGCCAUCGUGGGGUUCCAGGUUCUCAACGCCAUUGAGAACUUGGACGAUAAUGCACAACGUUAUGACCUCGAUGGGCUGGAGAAGGCGCUGCAGCGUUCUGUGUUUGGUCAGCCAGCUGCUGUGGGCCGAAUCAUGGCCCUGCUGCGGGACUACCUUGCUACACACGUGCACAGUCAUCCCUUGCUCCUGGCGCUGCACGGGCCCAGUGGUGUGGGCAAGAGUCACGUGGGGCGCCUGCUGGUACGCCACUUCCGCGCAGUGCUAGAGGAUGGUGCGUUGGUUCUGCAGUACCACGCCCGGCAUCACUGCCCAGAGUCACGCCCGGUUCAGGACUGCAGAGAGGAGUUGGCACAGCUUGUGGCAGAGGUGGUGGCACAGGCUGAGGCCGAGGAGAAGACCCCUCUCUUGGUCCUGGAUGAGGCAGAACUCUUGCCCCCUGCGCUACUGGAUGAGCUUCACGACCUCCUUCAGCCGCAGCGCUCCCACCAUUUCCACAACGCUAUAUAUGUACUCCUGAGUGGCGUUGGCGGCAUAGAGAUCACACACUUUGUGCUGCAGAACGCAUCACGUGUGUUGCCCCCACACCUCCACAGUGCAGGCAGCACUCAGGCUGUGGGGUCCCAGGCAGAGGAAGAGCUACACAUCAGCCUUCGAGAGCUCCUGGUUCGAGAACACCCUCUGUGGGACACUGCAGCCAUCGUGCCCUUCCUGCUCUUGGACAAGCCAGAUGUGGUCAACUGCUUCCGAGAGGAGAUGGCAGGAGAGGGCUUUUAUCCUGAGCAGGCCCUGGCAGAACAUCUGGCGGAGCAGCUUAGCUACUACCAGGUUGCUGGACACGAGUUUGCCACCACUGGCUGCAAGCAGGUAGUAGCUAAGGUCAACCUCUUACAGCACAAGCCUGCACAUGCUGAAGGCUAGCCAGUGGCCCCAGGCAUCGGAACUGUUGAGGGAAACAGGAGGGAUAUCAGGUGAUUGGUACCCCCUAAGCUGCCUCAGUCCAGGAGCUAGGGAGGCCGCUGCAGUGGCUCACACCUGAACUCCCUCCUUUUUUCUCUCCCACCGCUGAGCCUUGAGACUCCCUAGGGUCACCAGGAAAGCAGCUACUUUCCUAUAUGUGGUCUGGUCGUCCCCCCACCCCA